AUGGCAAGCUCUACCAUUCAAACUGUCUGGCAAUUUCAGACCCUAGAGUCUGCUGAGCGCUUCACCUCUUCGGAUAAUGUGUCAGCGCAACUUUGCCUACAGAACUAUGUCUCUAAUGAAUUCGAUACGUCAUUGCCAGCAGAUUUUGUUGAUUCCAUAAAUCCCAAGACAGGCAAAUCUUUUGCUAGGGUGCCCAUCAGUUCCGCCGCCCAGGUUGACGACGCGCUGCAGGCUGCUACAGAUGCUUUCAAAACAUGGUCCAAGACGACAGCAGCCUUCAGGUCCAGCCUGCUCCAGCGUGUGGCGUUCUUGAUAGAAGAAAAUAAAGAGCUGCUUGCAGUUUGGGAAAGCAUAGAUCAGGGCAAAACUGUGGCCAGAGCGAGAGUCGAAGUAGAUCGGGCUGCGACAAACUUCAGAUAUUUCGCGACUUUUAUUCUGCACCAAGAGAACGCCGUAAGGAUGAUUGAUGGAGUGGCGCUCACCUACGAGCAUCGCUCACCUACUGGCGUGUUUGCGCUCAUCUCUCCGUGGAAUAUGCCUCUGUACUUGCUGACCUGGAAGAUUGCGCCGUGUCUUGCCUUUGGAUGCACAGCAGUCGCGAAGCCUUCAGAGUUCACCUCCAUGUCUGCAUUCUUGCUCUGCGAGAUAUUUCGGCUGGCAGAGAUUCCACCUGGUGUUAUCAACAUAGUCUUCGGUGACGGUGCUACUACAGGCUCUCGACUUGUACAGAGCCCGCUCGUCAAGGGCGUCUCUUUCACGGGAAGUACAGCAACAGGGAUCAAGAUCCGCAGAGAUACGGCGGACCAAAUCUACAAGCACAUCUCCCUCGAGUUGGGUGGCAAGAACCCAACCUUGGUCUUCGACGAUGUGGAUCUCGAUAAGGCCGUGCAAACAGCUGCUACAGCAGCAUUCGAAAAUCAAGGAGAGAUCUGCUUAUGCGGUUCUCGCAUCUACGUCCAAUCCCGUAUCUACGAUGCAUUUGUUGCUUCACUCAAAGCAUACGUCGAGGAAAAUUACAGAUGUGGCGAUCGUACUGGCGCUGUAGCCUCGUUACAACAUUAUCGCAAGAUAGUAUCGUAUCUUGCACUGGCGAAAGAGGAGAAUGCCACUUUCAUCACAGGCUCUGUGCCGCCACUCGAGCCCAGCAACGGCUACUGGAUAGAGCCAGUAGUCUUGACCGACGUCAGUACAUCCUCGCGAAUCAUGCAAGAAGAAAUAUUCGGCCCCGUCGUCACAAUCGCCAGGUUCGAAACCGAAGAAGAGUGUGUCCAGCUGGCGAAUGAUAGCGCGUAUGGGCUUGCUGCCAUUCUUUUGACCAAGGACGGUGCACGGAUGAGACGCGUGGGUGAGCAACUUGACGCGGGGCUUGUUUGGGUCAAUUGUUGGUUGGUCAGGGAGCUCAGUACACCUUUUGGUGGGAUGAAAAACUCUGGCACGGGGCGAGAAGGAGGAAACUACAGUCGAGAUGUCUUUACUGUCGUGAGGACUCUUCAUCUACCAAUGUAG